AUGUCCUCCAACCCCACAACCGCCGAGCUCUACGAGCAAGGUCUCCAAACCCGCCGCGCCGUCGUCGGCGAAGCCCACGUCGAGCGCUCCCUCUCCAGCGCAAACGCCUUCACACGACCGAUGCAAGACCUGGUCACCGAAUUCGCCUGGGGCAAUGUCUGGAACCGCCCGGGCCUCGAUCGCAAACAGCGCAGUCUGAUCAACAUCGGCAUGCUGACGGCGCUGAACCGCUCGCUCGAGCUGGGUGUGCAUGUGCGCGGGGCCGUCAACAACGGGCUCAGCGAGCUGGAGAUCCGCGAGGCUAUUAUCCACGCUACGGUUUACUGCGGGGCGCCUGCGGGGAUGGAGGCUAUGCGGACGGCGGACCGGGUGCUGGCUGAUAUGGAGGAGAAGGGGGAGAUGGUGAGGGAGUUGAAAUGA